AUGUUCUGUUUUGGAGAAGAACGGAAGAUGGCGACCUCAAACAAUCCGCGAAAAUUUAGCGAGAAAAUCGCUUUACACAAUCAGAAACAGGCUGAGGAGACAGCUGCAUUUGAAGAGGUCAUGAAGGAUCUCAACAUAACUAGAGCUGCAAGGUUGCAGUUGCAGAAGACCCAGUAUUUGCAACUAGGGCAGAAUCGUGGGCAGUGCUAUGGAGGGUCACUGCCCAAUGUCAAUCAGAUUGGAAAUAGCAACACUGACCUGCCUUUUCAGAACUCUUUCCAGACUUCCGCCCUGGACACCAGUCGGACCACGCGCCACCAUGGUCUGGUCGAUCGGGUGUACCGCGACCGUAACCGGAUCAGCUCGCCACACCGCCGUCCUCUGUCUGUGGACAAACAUGGCCGCCAGAUUGACAGCUGUCCUUACGGAUCCGUUUACCUCUCCCCUCCGCCUGACACCAGCUGGAGGAGGACAAACUCCGACUCUGCCUUACACCAGAGCGCCAUGAGCCCGGCCUCUCCAGACGCGUUUGCAGGAGGUUCCCAGGAGCUCCAGCCUAAGCGAGGUUUGGACGAGUCGCUCGCCCUCCUCUCAUUUCUUCUCCUAGCUGCGCCUGGGACAGAAGACACAGACACAGAGAUGGAAAAAGACACCCAAAAGGAAGACUGGGAUGAGAAGAAGAAUGGAGCAUCACGGCCUAAAUCUUGUGAAGUCCCAGGAAUUAACAUAUUUCCAUCACCAGAUCAGGAGCUCAACACGUCCCUCGCCCCGGCGACCCACAACACGGGGGGGUCUCUGCCUGACCUGACCAACAUCCAGUUCCCUCCGCCGCUGCCCACGCCUCUGGACCCGGACGACACCGUGGCCUUCCCCUCGCUCAGCUCGUCCAGCAGCACGGGCAACCUGUCCACCAACCUCACUCACCUGGGCAUUGGCACCGUCAGCCCCGGCAUCAACACUACCCAGGCCACCAUGACCAUCACAGCGCAGCACGGCCAGUCCACCAUCAUCCCCCUCAGCCUCAGCCUCAGCACCACAGACACCCAGCAGCAGCAGCAGCAGCAGCAGCAGCAGCAGCAGCAGCAGCAGCUCUCGCCUACCCUGUCAUCACAAAUACCCAUCACACAGGCUCUGACGAUGGAUGCCAUGACCCUGGAGCAGCAGCUUGCCCAGUACCCCCUCUUCAGCCUUCUGAAUGAACUGCAGAAGCAGCAGCAGCGGCAGCAGCAGCAGCAGCAGCAGGGGCAACAGCAACAGGGGCAACAGCAGCAGGGGCAACAGCAGAGCCUCCCCCAGGGCAUCCGGCUGGUGCAGCUGCCCCCCCUCACCGUCCAGGCCAGCAACUCUCCCUCCUCGCAGCAGUCCAGCCCCGGCACGCAAACACACAUCUCCACCGGCACCAUCAACAUCAACUCGUUCACAUCCCUCCCGCAGUACCGCACCCAGACUGGGUCCCCAGCCAACCAGUCUCCCACCUCGCCCGUCUCCAAUCAAGGCUUCUCGCCCGGAGGCUCGCCUCAACACAUUCCCCUGGUCACCUGCGUGAGUGGAGACUCCUUCUACGAGCAUCAGCUUGCCUCCAGGCAGACCAACGCCCUCUCCCAACAGCUUGAGCAGUUCAACAUGAUCGAGAACCCCAACAGCUCCAGUGGCCUGUACAGCCAGUGCUCCACUCUCAACUACACCCAGGCGGCCAUGAUGGGCUUGACCAGCAGCCACGGAACGCUCCAGGACUCCACGCAGCUAGGCUACAGUAACCAUGGCAACAUUCCCAACAUUGUUCUCACAGUGACGGGGGAGUCCCCGCCGAGCCUCUCCAAGGAGCUGGCCUCCUCGCUGGCGGGCGUGGGCGACGUCGGCUUCGACACGGACUCUCACUUCCCCCUGGACGAGCUGAAGAUCGACCCGCUCACACUGGACGGACUGCACAUGCUCAACGACCCGGACAUGGUUCUGGCCGACGCCGCCACCGAGGACACGUUCAGGAUGGACCGGCUGUGACGUCCCUCAGCGGGGACACGGGCGAGGAGCGGGGGGAGAGAAGGGACAAGUCCUGCUGCAGUCACACCACGGUUCACUUUCACACACACAGACACACACAGACGCUGACACACGCCGCCCUGCCCUACCCUGUUUUUAAUUCUCAUCCACGUGUUGUUUGUGAUGGCAUGCUACCAAAAACCAUUUGGAUGACGGGUCGGUCCGACAGCUUUGACAGACGUGGAAAUUGCUGCAGUCCAUGCCAGUUCGGCCAAUGGAAGAGACCUGUCAUACUCUACUGAUGCUCCCUAGCCCUACCUAAUGUUUGUUUUUGUUUGUUUUUGUUUGUUUGUUUGUUUGUUUGUUUUUGUUUGGAGAGAAUGUUUGGAGUCACUGCCAUGUGUCAUGCCAUCUCUGCCUCAUCCGCGUUGCCAUGGAGUGAACAGUAGCGUUGCCAUGGAGUGAAGAGUAGCGUUUUCAGCUGCAACACUGACAUCAUAUCAGGAGUCCUCUCACGUCAGCUGGGACACGUCACCUUCGCUGUCCUGGUUACUGCUUUGGUGUCAUGGAAUCAUAGAUUUAUUUAUUGGAUAUUUAUUAACUUAUUUAUUUUCUUGUGUGUCUGUUUACCUGUUUGGUUUUUUACACUUUUGUUACAUCAGUUGCCAAAUUGCCCAUUGACUAUCUUGUUUUAGGCCUAAUUGUUACAAACGUCCAUUGGUGCACUUUUGAAAUAUGUGUAAAUUGUAUUUAUUUGACUGUUUCAUGUUUGUUUGUUGGUUAUUUAUUUGAUUUGAUUGAAUAUUUAUUUGACUUAAGGAGUACUAGACCUCCCCGUCCACUUUGGUGGAGGGUUGUGGUGAGAGUGUUGGGCCAUGCUGCAGUGGCUGUUUAUGGUUGCUUGACCUGGAGCUCUGAAGAAUUCUUCUUCUUCUUCUUCUUCUUUUUCUUCUUCUUUUCCUUCUCUUCUUCAGCACCACAUGUUAGCAGAAUGUGCCAAGAUGAUAGAGGCAGGCCCCAUGCAUUCCCUUUGGUUAUCUAUCUAUCUAUCUAUCUGUCUCUCUAUCUCUCUACCUAUCUAUCUAUCUCUAUCUCUCUCUUUCUAUCUAUCUAUCUAUCUAUAUCUACCUAUCUAUC